AUGGCUCCUCCCACCUCUUCAGAGGACAAGUCCGGGGCCACAGGGGCUGCUGGAGCCCCCUCAGCGGGGGGUUCCUUCGUGCGGCGCGACCAGUUGCUGCAAAUAGAAGAAGAUGUUCAGAAGCUGUGGGCGCAGGAAAAGCCCUAUGAGGUGGAUGUCGGUAGGCUGAAGCGUCCCGAGUUCGUGCAUGCCUCGGGGGCCCCAGGGGGCCCCGCGACCACGGGGACCCCCGGGGGCCCCCUCGUCAAGAACAAGUUUUUCUGCACGUUUCCUUACCCAUACAUGAAUGGGCUGCUGCACCUGGGCCACGGCUACACCUUAUGUCGCGCGGAGUUCCCAGCUCGUUAUUUCCGGCUAAGAGGUAAAAAUGUGUUGUGGCCUUUUGCGCUGCAUUGCACGGGAAUGCCAAUUCUUGCAUGCGCGGACAAACUCAAGAGAGAAAUUGAAAUGAAAAAGAAACAAGAGCUGCAGGAUAAGAAGGCGACUGCAGAGGAGGAACAGGGGCCUUCGGACCCCACAAAGUUCACCAGUGCUAAAUCCAAGCUGGUGGCAAAGACCGGAGGUUUGAAAACCCAGUGGGAGAUCAUGGCUUCCCUUGGCAUUCCUGAGGACAAAAUCGCUUGCUUUGCAGACGCAAAUUACUGGCUAGACUACUUCCCGCCUAGGUGCAAGCGAGACUUGGUGCGUCUGGGCACUGCAGUGGAUUGGCGGCGCUGCUUUAUAACCACAGACAGAAACCCUUACUAUGCAGCUUUUGUCCGCUGGCAGUUCCUCAAGCUCCUGGCUGCGGGGAAGAUAUCGUUUGGGACGCGCCCCACAGUGAUUGGCCGGCGGGAGCUGCAGGCCUGCGCUGACCAUGACCGCAUGGCUGGGGAAGGUGUGGGGCCCCAGGAGUACACCGUAAUAAAGUUGCGAGUGAAGACAGAAGAACUGGAUGUUGGCUUCGAGCCCCACGCGCAGCUGCUGCAGCAGUGGCAGCAGCACGCAAACUGCCCUUCUGCAGCGAAGCAAAUCUUCCUCGUAGCAGCCACUCUCAGGCCCGAGACCAUGUACGGACAAACCAACUGCUACGUGCUUCCCGAAGGAGAGUACGGCGUGUAUCUUGCUUUUGACAAGUGCCGUGCGAAGUCAGAUCCGGAGCAGCAGCAGCAGCAGCAGCAGCAGACGCUGCAGGAGAAGCUAGCAGCAGCAGCAGCAGCGUCGAAAGCUGCGGAUACACUCGAACACAUUAUGACCCGCGAGGAUGCGCUUGCGGAAUGCAACACAGUUUUUAUUUGCUCUCACAGAUCAGCCCUCAACAUGGCUUACCAGGGGCUGAUGCCGCUGGAGUCGAUCGGGGAUCGAUCCCAAGAGCUGCCGCGGCCUCAUUGUCUUUUUUCUGUCUCCGGAAAAAUGCUUUUGGGGCUGCCCCUCUCUGCUCCUCUUUCAGUCUAUCAAACUGUUUACGCCUUGCCCAUGCAAACCAUAUCCCUCGACAAAGGAACUGGGGUGGUGACGAGUGUGCCUUCGGACUCGCCGGAUGACUUUAUUAAUUUGGAAACGCUGAAGAACAAAAUUGAAUUUUUCGCGAAGUCCUUGGGUCUCAAGAAGGAGUGGGUGUUGCCUUUUUCGCCGGUGGAGAUAAUCGAAGUGCCAGGGCUGGGACGUCUGUGCGCGCCGACGCUGUGCAGCCAGCUGGGGGUGGGGGGCCCCAAGGACAGCGCGAAGCUGCAGCAGGCGAAGGAAGAAGCUUACCGGCGCGGGUUCUACGAGGGGGUGCUGGUGGUGGGGCCGUUUGAGGGGCUGAAGGUGCAGGAGGCGAAGCAGCUGGUGCGGCAGCAGCUGCUGCAGCAGGGGCUGGCGUGCGUCUACUUCGAACCGGAGAAGAAAGUGGUGGCCCGCAGCGGCGACGAGUGCGUGGUGGCGCUGCUGCCGCAGUGGUUCAUCAGCUACGGGGAGGCGGAGUGGCGGGAGGCGGUGGAGGCGCACCUGACCAGUGGUCACUUCGACCCCCACAGCCCCCAAACUAUGCACCAGUUCUCCUUUGUGCUUUCUUGGCUCAAAGAGUGGGCCUGCAGCAGAAGCUACGGACUCGGGACUUUCUUGCCCUGGACCACGGACACUGACGCGCCAGUCCUCAUCGAGAGCCUCAGCGACUCCACCAUCUACAUGGCCUACUACACCGGAGGAGACAUUUACGGGGACACUCCCGGGCCCCUCGGCCUCACGCCCGCAGACCUGACAGAACAAUUUUUCGACUACAUUUUCCUCCUCAGAGAUGAGCCACCCAAAGACACCAAAGUGUCCCUGGAAAACCUUAACCGGCUGCGCGCGGAGUUUUCUUACUGGUAUCCAAUGGACCUCCGUGUCAGUGGAAAAGAUUUGAUUUUCAACCACUUGACCUUUUGCCUUUACUCCCACGCGGCCAUUUGGAAAGACAGAGAAGACCUGUGGCCGAGGGGGUUCGCCUGCAACGGCAUGGUGCUGGUUGACGCCGAAAAGAUGAGCAAAAGUACUGGCAACUUUUUGACUCUUGAAGAAUCCAUAAAACAAUUUUCAGCCGACGCCACCCGCAUUGCCUUUGCAGACGCAGGAGACUCUCUAGAUGACGCAAACUUCCAAAGGGAGACAGCCAACAGCGCCAUCACUAGACUUUUCCUCCUCAAGAACCUCGCAAUGGAUUUCGCUGAGCAGAAGAUCGAGCUCAGAGAGGGCCCCAUGACGGCUGCGGACCUGCUGUUUAGGAACGAAAUUGGCCUCUGCGUCAAAGCAGCAGCAGCAGGCUAUGAAGAUCUUCAAUUUAGAGAAGCUUUAAAAGCUUCUUUUUAUGAAUUGGCAAACAAACGCGACCUGUACAGACAGCUGGUGGACAAGGACAAAAUGCACAAAGAACUCCUCAGCACCUGGCUGGAGGUGCAAGCCGUCAUUCUCUCGCCCAUCGCGCCCCACAUCAGCGAAUACAUUUGGAGUUUUGUCUUGAAGAAAAAAGGUCUUGUGGCGGACGCGGAUUGGCCUGAGCUGCCCUAUGACGCAGUGCUGCACCGAAAGUUCGAGAUUUUGUUCUCCGCCGUUGAGGAGUUCCGGCGCUGCAGGGACAAAAUGCUGCAGGCAGCAGCAGGUGGCAGGAAGAAGGGCAAGCAGCAGCAGCAGCAACAGCAGCAGCAGCAGCAGGCCCCGCAGCUCACGCACGCAGUUGUCUACGUUGCCAAAGAAUACAACCCGCUGCAGCAGCAGGUGCUGACCGUGCUGCAGCGAAUCCCCCUUGUCAAGGGCCCCCAGGGCGAAAUGGAGGCCCCCCCGGACUUCAUGGAUUAUCUCAAGGGGGCCCCUGAGCUUCAGGAAAUGGACAAGAACCAAAAGAAGGACGCAAUGGCCUUUGCUUCGUAUCAGAUGCGGGAUGAGCUAAAGGCUUGUGGACCCUCUGCGCUGAACUUGCGUCUACCCUUUAGCGAAAUAGAACUGCUGGAGACCCACAAGCAGUUCCUGCUGAGCGCACUGGAUCUGAAGUCAAUUGAAUUCAGAAACGCCGACGACCCCAGCCCAGCAGACAACUCAAACUGCCGGGCCCAAGCGAAGCCCGCAAAACCCUCAAUAUUUUUCGCUGCUGCUGCAUGCAGCUAG